UGCUGACAAAGCGACGUAGCAUUUUCUGUAGUCUCUGAAUGUCAGAAGUGCCGUUUUUAGCAAGGCGUACGUAUAUUUGUCCUCAACGUGUUUAUUUAAAUCGAAUUAAUUUAAUAAUAGUUAAUACCUCAAUUAAAUAAAGGAGAAAGUGUGGUCGAUACAAAAGACGAUCGUGACAGAAAAAGAUAAGAGAGGGAGAGAGAGAGUAAACAAAGAGCAACAUUUUUGGAAACAUUUCGCUAUGCCGCUAUUUUCAAAAAAGGGUCCCAAAUUUGGUAGAACAGAUUCCGAUCUAUCUACAAUUGCCGCUACCACUGCCACGGGGGGCAACACAUCAUACAACGACAACAAUAACACAACGGCCAACGGUAAAGCGACCACUAUGAAUGGCAGCAGUAACGCGAAUAACCGCAACGAUGCAUACAUUCCCAAACCGCAACUAAUAUUCCACUGCCAACUGGCGCAUGGCAGUCCAACCGGCUUGAUAACCGGCUUUGCGAGCGUGCGAGAGCUAUAUAAAAAGAUCGCCGAAUGCUACGACAUACCUGUCGAGGAGAUACUUUUCUGCACUUUGAAUUCACACAAAGUGGACAUGACAAAACUGCUGGGCGGUCAAAUCGGACUGGAUGACUUCAUAUUCGCGCAUCGAAAGGGGCGACCGAAGGAGAUUGAAAUUGUAAAAUCAGAGGAUGCGCUCGGUUUAACCAUAACCGAUAAUGGAGCGGGCUAUGCAUUCAUUAAACGCAUUAAAGAGGGUUCGGUCAUCGAUCGCAUCGAACACAUUAGCGUCGGUGAUCAUAUUGAGAAGUUGAAUGAUAUUACUAUGGUGGGUAAGCGACAUUACGAAGUCGCACGUCUGCUAAAGGAUAUACCUACCGGCACCACAUUCACGUUGCGACUGGUGGAACCGAUGAAGAGUGGCUUCCAGGGUAUCGGUCCGCGCACACAAUCGCGAGCGCCCUCUGGACGUGGCUAUGGCAGUGGCAAGGAGACGUUACGAUUUAAGGCGAACGGUAAUGUAGAGAUCGAGGACAAAUUCGACGAGUCAACGCAAUCGGGCAUUGAGGCGAUCAAUAAUUUGUUGGAAUCGUUUAUGGGCAUAAAUGACACCGAAUUGGCGACACAAAUUUGGGAUUUAGGCGCGAACAAGUCCAAUUCAAUGGACUUUGCGGAGGCUAUCGACAAUUCGGAUUUGGAGUCAUUCGGCUUUACCGACGAUUUCAUUAUCGAACUGUGGGGUGCUGUAACGGAUGCCAGACGUCGGAAAACGGCGAAGAACUAAACUUGUGCCUACAAUUUUGAAAUAAUUUUAAACUAGAGGACUCUCAGUAGACGAAACGAGUUGGUGACGUUGAAGAGAGUAAGCAGGAAAGUGGAAAGAGAGCGAGAGAGUAAUGCUGUAAAACGAUGUAAAUGUCAUGUUGAAGGAAUAUGCAAAUUUAAAGAGUAUUGUUUAAAUGAAAAUUACGGUAUUUUUCACUAUUUUGAAAGUCGGGUGGCAUAUCAAUGUAUUUAUUUUAAAGUAUGUAUGUAUAAUAAAUGCGCUUUUUGUUUGUUAUACCAACCUAUGCUAUUAUUGAUAUUUUCCUAAUAUUAAUGAUAAAUAAAUAUGUAUUUGAAAGGAGAAUUAAAACAAUCAAUUUGUACGUAAGCUGUUUUUGCCAAUUUAUAUUUAUUUACAUAUACAUACAUAUAUAUAUAUACAUAUGUACGUACGUAAAUAUAUGUAUUUAUUUUAUUAUGUAUUCGUUUAAAUAUACCAGCUAAUUAAUAUAUUACAUGUAUGUAGUCUAUAAAAGCGCAUAUUUACAAAAAGAAUUGUCGCAGCAGCGAAAAACUGUUUUAACGGAGUGUGUAAAAAUACAAAUAAAACAACAAAAGCAAUAUUUACAUAUAUUAAUGCA